AUGUUCGACAUGGUGACUGUUACACAGAAACGAAUUCCUCAUGCCCAUCCAGAGACUGACCAGCAAAGACCGUUCCCGGACGUGCAGUUCCAGACUUUGUCCCCAGCCAGACCGGAAACAUACUUGAACCAUAUGACUAUCCAAGAGGGCGACAUCUCCUUCCUGCCAUGGGACAAGAAAGCCAAUGUCGUCCAAGAUCUGCAGCAACCGCUAGAGGCACUCCCUUGGAAUCCCCGUCCUGUCGCCAGCUUCUCUAUCUCGCUGCCGACCGUAGACGCCAUCGAGACCAUUGAAAGGGACAAUCUGCCCCUUGGACUUGACUCGGUGAAAGGCCGGCAGGCGUUGCAAAACAUGAAGGGCGCCGCUUCCCUCACACUCAACUUCAGCGUUGAGGCGGCUUGCGAGGACCUUUUCGACUUUGCGGCGCUGGGUUUCGAGGCAGUCGGCGGGGCUAAUCGUGAACCCGUACGAAUCUUGCCAAUUCCACCCGAUUGUUACGGCGUCCGCGUUCACUUAGAAGGGGUAAUGUCGGCGGUUGAUAAUGAAUGCCUGGAAUUGACCGCAAACCUUCUGCGAGAAGGAGAAAAGGAUACUGGGAACAUGGGCGCUCCGGCUAUACUCAUUGUGAUAGUAGAAUCUUAUGUUGGGAGGCUCCUCAUUUGCCGUUUUAACAUUGCCUCCGAGAGUAGUCCUCUUGCCCGAAAGGCCGACUCCCUGAUGCGACUGAGGAAUCUUGAAGCCUUGCGUGAAUUGGGACAUAUCUCCAGCAAGGCGGAUUGGAUCGCCACGAAAUGGUAUGGUACCGCAUACAAAUUAUCAUUGAGCUGGCUGUCCGGCGUCCAAGCUGGUUGA